CUGCACUCGAUCGUCAACCAUCUGUCGGGUCAUGGUUUUGUUGCCGCCCAGAGAUGGAUGGCACAACUUGUCUUCUGGAACCAUUUGCAAGGAAGACAAUAAACACCUGUGACGAAUAGGCGCGUCAAUGACAAGUUUGUUCUAUUGUAAGGAAGCAUCCAACUCGUUUGACAAGUACAGAACAGGCAGCAAUGUCGUCAUUGCCACCCAUAAUGGCACCGGAGGUGCGAGGCACAUCGGAUCUGACUUUGCAGGACAUGUGCAACUUUCUUGAAGAGAUUAGUUUUUUCAGUUCUCCAUCCGAUGGAAUGGAUGUCUCCCCGGAUAACGCCAGAGAGCCCAAGAGCGACGACAACGGCGACGAUGGCGACGACAACGAUGACGAUGGCGAAGAUGGUGGAAUGCAAAGAGGAUGUAAAAGGCGAAGAGUCGAGGGCGGUGCCAUGGCAGGAAACACAAUGGAUGUUUGCGUGCCUUCGAGGGAAGCCAUGGAUUUCUUGCAGUCUUCCGUUAGAGGUGCCCCCAGCUUUCGUGGCCAUGCCAUGCGACUCUGGACAGUGUCAAUGGGAAGCGUGCAACGAACAAUUUCUGGCUUGACAUCGGGUUUAAGCUUCUUAUCACCAAGGCGACGUACUUCGUCUCAAUCGUUAUCAUCUUCUUCUGGCGUGGCAUUCCAGACCGAGAUGGCUCCAUCCAAUCCAUCAAAGCCAGAAGACCCAACGGACGGCUCUUGCUCUCUUCAUCAGCUGAUGUUGUUGGAUAUCGACUCAGCUCAAGCCAAAGACUUCAACGAAACUUGCUCAUUGCCGCUUUCGCCCUUCUUUGGGCGAGGGUCGCUGCACAUGGCACUUUGUAAGGGAGCGCCGUUGGAAGUGGUGCAAGACCUGCUUUCGCUCGAUCCAAGAGCAACAAGGCAGCGUGAUAUGGACGGAAUGACGCCCCUCCAUCUCGCGCUCAAGUUCAGGGCACCUGUAGAAGAGGCUGUGCUGGCUGUGCUUGCAAUGGAUCCGGAGGUGGCGAACAUGCAAGAUUGCUAUCAAAUGAAGCCACUUGAUUGGGCUCUACUGAGCGGCGUCCCAUCUGAGUCCGCCAUUGUUAAGGAGCUAGAGAAGCUUGGCACCUAUUCGGAGGCUAAGCAGCGCCGAAGCUCCUGGCACCCCAUGGAUGCCGACAAGUUGCAACCGUCUCCGCUGUCCCAUGAUGGCAUGUGGUGGGAGGAGGCAAAUGGAUCUGUCGCUCACAGACGCAGUUGUCCCGAAAUUAUCUGCGAGAAACCAGGCGACGACAACGACAGCAAACGAAAUGGCGAAGUGUUGGAUCUGUUGCUGGACCGCUGCCACGAACAAACCAAGUGGAUAUACUCGAAAGUACUGGCGGACCUGAAACAAGUUGGACUCGAGGGGAAUCGGGGAAGAAAUCUGGAAAGCCAACACGUGGAAAGGCUUUCCGACAUGAGCUUUCUGUUUCGGUCUUUGUCACUCCAGUGUGAUGGCCUUGCACCAGACAGCAAGGCAGACAUGUCCGACCCUCAGAAGCCUCGACGAAAGUCCUCAUGUGACACCGUGGAGGCAAGUAACACAUGUUAUAUCCGAAAACAUUCUUCAGCAGCAUCGACUGGGAGUGGCGCAUCAGGGGAAAGCGCUGCUCCUUCGCUCGAAAAAACAGUCGACACAACGCUGUGUAGCCAAUCGACAGAGACGCUGACGGCGUUGAAUCCGGCCGGGAGUGUGGAAGACAACGAUUCCAUUGAAAGCAAUCCAGGCAGGUUUGUCGACAUCGAUGAACCACACCGCGUUUCCUUUGUCAGGUGGUGUGAAUCAGAGCCGUGCGACAGAGCUGGGAGCCCACCACCCAACCGGAGCCUCGGGGUUGCCUCUGAUGUUAACACGAGCAACGCAGCUUUACAGACGGCCCUUGGAAAGAUCGAAAGCAAACGGUUGCUUCCGACGGAUGUUGCGUCGCGCCUGACAAUCGGUAAUGGCCUUCCUGGUUGUCUGCAGGACCCGCCGCUCCCACCACUCCCAUCACUUCGUAUCUGCCAAAGAGAGCAAACCACCGAUACCGGUACAAGUGGAACGGUUGAAGCACGCCAUCAAGCAAAGCCAUCCGCCACAAGCAAAACCGAAAGCAGACCCCCCUUAACAGCCGCUGUUUCACUUCAGCAUGACAAGAAACAUCUGAGACUUCCACGAAGUCAGUCCCUUUCACUCCAGCCCGGUCACCAGCAAGCGCAUCAAUUCCGUCGAGAACCCAUGGAAACUGAGCGGGACGCGAGUUCUACGACUGCCCUUGAUGAAACCCACGAGACGAAGAAGCUUCGCGCUCACCAAGCCUCUAUAAAAGCGCAAAAGACAACAAGCGGAAAACUGAAGGUGAUCAUGGAGAUCAUGAACAACAUAGGAGGGCCACCAAGUACUGGUACCGAUAAGGCUGGUCCUCGCAGAUACUACUUUCGCGUCCAAAAGAUUGUUCGAUGUCUGCACGGUUGCUACGGGGGGAACGUCGAAGCAUUCUGCGAAACCAAUCCAAAGUUAGAUGUUUCGCGGUACAAGUGCCCCAAUGGCCACGACCACCGCACCAGAAAGGGCAUGAAAUCUGUGGCUGGGGCUUUGUCUCCUCCUGUUGGAUCUCUUUGAAUACGAUUCGAUUCGGACUCAAGGUGGUUGGAGCUGUUGCGUUGCCGGACUGUGAUUUGUACUACAUGAAUUAAUCAUUUAUCUAGCUAGGAAGCAUCUAUAAUGAUUCAAUCGUCGUUCUCUUUGGGCCAUUGGCAAUCGCCUUGAAUACCGUACCGUAUGUUUGGGAAGGGAACUUCCACCAACGCCAAACCUUCGUACAGUAUCUUAUUUCUACC